CUGCAAUCAUAGCUGUCUGUGACGUCUCACGUCCCAACGUCUCUUGUAAUCCUGCUCUUGCCAAGAGGGCUGAGAUCCGGCCCUCGACAUCCACCAACCCCUAGCAUCAGUAAUUACAGCCCAGCGGCACCACCAGGCGGUGAUAGCACACUCCCAAUGUCAGAAUGGGCACUAGCUCGAGCCGUAUAACGGCACAGGAUCAAGCGAUCCUCGACCUCAAAACCCAGCGCGACAAGCUGCACCAGUACCAGCGGCGCAUAACGCACCUCACGGACAAGGAAACCGCCAUCGCGCGGCAGAUGCUCGCCAAGGGCGACAAGCCGCGCGCGCUGCUGGCGCUCCGCCGCAAGAAGUACCAGGAGUCGCUGCUCGCCAAGACGGACGCGCAGCUGGAGCAGCUGGAGAAGCUGACGUCGUCGGUCGAGUUCGCGCUGAUCCAGAAGGACGUGCUCUUCGGCCUGCAGCAGGGCACCAAGGUGCUCAAGGAGAUCCAGCGCGAGAUGGGCGGGAUCGAGAACGUCGAGAAGCUGAUGGGGGAAACUGCUGAGGCGAUUGCUUACCAGAGGGAGAUUGGGGAGAUCCUCGCCGGGAGUAUGUCUAACCAGGAUGAGGAGGAAGUCGAAGACGAGCUAGCUGCGCUCGAGGCUGAAGUUACGAGGAGGGAGAGUGGACAGAGGAUACAGUUGCCCAAUGUUCCUGAUACCCAGCUCCCGGCACAAAAGGCCAGGGAUGAGGCUCGACCUGAAUUGGCGGAACAAGGGGCACAACCGGCGCGGAAGGCUAUGUUGGCUUCAUAGAAGGGGAGGAGUCUGAGGGCUAAUGACUGGUAUGCAUGGGUGGCGCUUCGGUUUUCUCUGUGAAUUUACACCACCUGUGUUGCUCAGCG